AUGUUCCACGCUCUCAUUCGAACUCAUCACAUUACCUCGCGCAAAAAGGUUGCCAGUCUCAAGACCGCAGCAAAGACUCACCAAUGCUUCGCGCUUUUGCGAUCAGGAGGCGUGCCGGGGGUGAUGUACGUCCAGGGUCGUGAACGGACAGCCGUGCAGAAAUGGGUCGACACGGUCCACGACUUACGGUACAAAGAUUAUCAGCUGGUCGCACCGGUGAAGGCUCUAGCUGAGUGUCAGGACAAGCCGCCCCAGAUAACGGACGACGAUAGUCCCGCAGGAACCUUGGUCGAAGUCGAUUCGGUCAAGGAAAUGGCAGCACAGAUGGAAGUAAGAGGGUUACUGAGUUGGUGGCGUGUUGCAAUGGGCUUUGCCCGUGAAUGA